AUGAGAAGAAAAACAUCCCUGAAAUCUCAAACAUCUCUCCCUUCCUCCUCCCCGGUGGAGUUCCCGACGUCGCCGCAGUCAGCUGCCGGAGAAGGGAUGACGCAUUACGCCCACUCGAAGCACCCAUUGGUACAAGUCACUCUCACGGAGCUCUUCACCUGCGGCGGAUGCAAGGAGUACGGGGCCGGCCGGAGAUUCGCCUGCCAGCAGUGCGACUUCCAGCUGCACGACUUCUGCGCCGCCUCCCCCCCUGUGUUGAACAACCACCCUCUCCACGGCCAGCAUCAGCUCAUCUUCCAUGCUAAACCUAAGUCGGCAAAAGGCGGGAUCUCGUGGCCGAGGUGCGACGUCUGCGCCAAGUCCAGCAGAGGCUUCGCCUUCCGGUGCAGGGCUUGCAGUUUCCAGAUGCACCCUUGCUGCGCCAUGCUGACCACCGAGGUGCAAUACCCGGCUCAUCCGCACAUGCUGAGGCUGCUGCCCGCGGCGGGCACGGCCAACGGGGCUGCCUGCGGGCAGUGCAACAAGAAGAGAUCGGGCAGAAUGUACCGCUGCACGGUGUGUGAAUACCAUCUUCAUGCGGUGUGUGCCAAGGUUUUCAUCAAUGGCCUUGAAGCCAACGGCAUACCCCCGCCCGAGAGGCCCAGCGCCCUCGGGACUGCAGCUCGUCUGGCGUCCCAGGUCGUCAUAGAGUUCAUCGGAGGCCUCAUCGAAGGCCUCGGAGAAGGCAUGGGAGAAGCCCUGGUUCAGAACAUAGCAAGAGGUAGGUGUGUUAGCAGAAGAAGGAUACAACAACCAUGACUACUUUUAUUAUUCAAGCAUCAACCUCAAUUCUUUGCCUGCUGCAACAAAUGUAUGUAUAAUUAUCUCCUCUUCUCUGCUCAUGCUCAUCAUAAUGGCCUCUGCAACUGCUGUAAUAAUUAAUGGGAAACAGUUUGUCUA